GUUGGCAUUGCAUCUCCGGAAGAUGGCGGACGCCUUCGGGGAUGAGCUCUUCAGUGUGUUCGAGGACGACUCCGCCGCUGCGCCUGGAACCAGGAAAGACAAGGAGAAGGGGAAAUGGAAGGGGCCUCCGGGGUCUGCGGAAAAGGCCGGGAAACGUGCUGAUGGCAAUUUACAAUCCGAGUCAGCGAGUGUUGGAAAAGCCAAGAGACAUGUGGAUUUUGAAGGCACAGAUGAACCCGUCUUUGGAAAGAAGCCCAGGGUAGACGAGUCCAUAACUGAAGACUUAAGUUUGGCGGACUUGAUGCCCAGAGUGAAAGUGCAGUCGGUUGAAACCGUUGAAGGGUGUACACAUGAGGUUGCACUUCCUGCAGAUGAAGAUUAUAUACCACUUAAGCCUCGAGUUGGAAAAGCUGCAAAGGAAUACCCGUUCAUCCUUGACGCCUUUCAGAGAGAAGCCAUCCAGUGUGUGGACAAUAACCAGUCUGUUUUAGUGUCCGCACACACAUCAGCCGGGAAAACUGUAUGUGCCGAGUAUGCCAUCGCAUUGGCCUUAAGGGAAAAACAGCGUGUAAUAUUCACCAGCCCGAUUAAGGCUCUGAGUAACCAGAAGUACCGUGAAAUGUAUGAAGAAUUUCAAGAUGUUGGUCUGAUGACGGGAGAUGUUACUAUUAAUCCUACAGCAUCUUGUCUUGUUAUGACCACAGAGAUUUUGAGAAGUAUGCUGUACAGAGGUUCUGAAGUUAUGCGAGAGGUUGCUUGGGUCAUAUUUGAUGAAAUUCAUUACAUGAGAGAUUCAGAGCGUGGUGUGGUAUGGGAAGAAACUAUCAUUUUGCUUCCUGAUAAUGUCCACUAUGUCUUUCUCUCGGCUACUAUUCCAAACGCCCGACAGUUUGCCGAAUGGAUUUGCCAUUUACAUAAGCAGCCUUGCCACGUAAUUUACACGGAUUACCGGCCUACUCCACUGCAGCACUACAUUUUCCCGGCGGGGGGCGACGGCCUGCACCUUGUGGUUGAUGAAAAUGGUGACUUCCGAGAAGAUAACUUCAACACCGCAAUGCAGGUUCUCCGAGAGGCAGGGGACCUGGCGAAGGGCGAUCAGAAGGGUCGGAAAGGAGGAACCAAAGGACCAUCAAAUGUGUUCAAGAUUGUGAAGAUGAUUAUGGAAAGAAAUUUUCAACCUGUAAUUAUUUUCAGUUUCAGUAAGAAAGAUUGUGAAGCCUAUGCACUUCAAAUGACCAAGCUAGAUUUCAACACAGAUGAAGAAAAGAAGAUGGUUGAAGAAGUGUUCAGCAAUGCAAUUGACUGCUUGUCGGAUGAAGAUAAAAAGCUCCCUCAGGUUGAACAUGUACUUCCUCUUUUGAAGCGGGGGAUUGGCAUCCACCAUGGUGGUUUACUUCCUAUUUUGAAAGAAACUAUAGAAAUCCUCUUUUCUGAAGGGUUGAUAAAGGCGUUAUUUGCGACGGAGACUUUUGCUAUGGGAAUUAACAUGCCAGCUAGAACAGUUUUAUUUACAAAUGCCCGAAAAUUUGAUGGGAAAGACUUCCGAUGGAUUUCUUCUGGUGAAUACAUUCAGAUGUCUGGUCGUGCUGGAAGGAGGGGGAUGGAUGACCGAGGAAUCGUGAUUCUUAUGGUUGACGAGAAGAUGAGCCCAACCAUUGGGAAGCAGCUGCUUAAGGGCUCAGCCGACCCUCUGAACAGUGCUUUCCAUUUAACAUACAACAUGGUUCUGAACUUGCUGCGUGUAGAAGAAAUCAACCCUGAGUACAUGCUGGAAAAGUCCUUCUACCAGUUCCAGCAUUACAGAGCCAUUCCCGGGGUGGUGGAGAAGGUAAGGAACUCAGAAGAACAAUAUAAUAAAAUAGUAAUACCCAAUGAAGAAAGUGUGGUCAUCUAUUACAAGAUUAGACAGCAGCUUGCCAAACUGGGUAAAGAAAUUGAAGAAUAUAUUCACAAACCAAAGUAUUGCUUACCAUUUCUACAACCAGGUCGUUUGGUAAAGGUAAAGAACGAAGGAGACGAUUUUGGCUGGGGAGUAGUUGUGAAUUUCUCCAAAAAGUCAAACGUUAAGCCCAACUCUGGUGAGCUAGACCCGCUGUACGUGGUGGAAGUACUUCUGCGCUGCAGCCGAGAAAGCUUGAAAAACUCCGCCACGGAGGCUGCAAAACCGGCCAAGCCCGAGGAGAAGGGGGAGAUGCAGGUUGUUCCAGUCCUGGUGCACCUCCUGUCCGCUAUCAGCAGUGUUAGGCUCUACAUCCCCAAAGACCUUCGGCCCCUGGACAACAGGCAGAGCGUCCUCAAGUCAAUACAGGAAGUUCAGAAACGGUUUCCGGAUGGUGUUCCCUUAUUGGACCCUAUCGAUGACAUGGGCAUUCAAGACCAGGGCCUGAAGAAGGUCAUCCAGAAAGUGGAGGCGUUCGAGCACCGCAUGUACUCGCAUCCACUUCACAACGACCCGAACUUGGAGACCGUGUAUACGCUCUGUGAAAAGAAAGCACAGAUCGCAAUAGAUAUUAAAUCUGCAAAGCGAGAACUUAAGAAAGCAAGAACAGUCCUGCAGAUGGAUGAACUCAAAUGCCGCAAACGCGUGUUAAGGCGCCUGGGAUUCGCCACUUCUUCGGAUGUCAUAGAGAUGAAGGGACGCGUGGCCUGUGAGAUCAGCAGUGCCGACGAGCUCCUGCUCACCGAGAUGAUGUUCAACGGCCUCUUCAACGACCUGUCCGCGGAGCAGGCCACCGCCCUGCUGAGCUGCUUCGUGUUCCAGGAGAACUCCAGUGAGAUGCCCAGGCUGACGGAGCAGUUGGCGGGGCCACUUCGCCAGAUGCAGGAAUGUGCUAAACGAAUUGCAAAAGUGUCAGCAGAAGCCAAAUUGGAAAUUGAUGAGGAAACUUACCUGAGCUCCUUCAAGCCUCACUUAAUGGAUGUAGUGCACACCUGGGCAGCGGGGGCGACGUUUGCCCACAUCUGCAAAAUGACAGACGUCUUUGAAGGCAGCAUCAUCCGCUGCAUGCGGCGCCUGGAGGAGCUGCUGCGGCAGAUGUGUCAGGCGGCGAAAGCCAUCGGGAACACUGAGCUGGAGAACAAGUUUGCGGAAGGCAUCACCAAGAUCAAGAGGGACAUUGUGUUUGCUGCCAGCCUCUACCUGUAGGAGCCACGGGGACGGGGGCUGGUCUGCCUCCCGUGGGACUACAGAGGACCCCCGUGCUCACGAGCUCGCCCUCCCACGACAGCUGUCCUCAGACAUUGAACACGUCAUGUUUGAACCCAGCACCAUCAGACAUGUGUACAUAAGCAUUGCAUUUUUAAUAAAAAUGUACAGGUGAGGCA